AUGUUCUCUAGGGUUUCACUAAAGCGCGACUCGUUUAGAUUGUUCCAAGUUCAACCUUACAUAGGAGAUAAUUCCAACCGUUCGCUUCCUUUUACUCUACUCCACCAUCCCCCCUCGCCUCCCCGUCCCCCCGUCCCACCCUUGCGGUCCUUGCACGGACUCAAACCGUCCGCGCCACAGGCUGCAGCGUUUUCCGCGCUGGUGCUGCUGGCGGUGCUGUGCUGGGCGUUCAUCUCCGCCAUGCAGUCCCCGGACAACUCCCUCCCCCUCCACCUGCGCACACAACGCCUAGACGCCGCCGCGCUCGCCGUUCUCUCCAUCCAACAGCCCCUCCCCCCCUCUCCGUUCUCUCUCCCCCUCCUCAUCUCCCAACCCCGCCCUUCCACUCGUCGUCCCCUUGACCCCCCUUCCUCUAGAAUCCUUCCUCUGUGUGCCCAAUCAGUUCGUUGCCCUAAUCGGGAUCCCUUCCCCCCUUUGCUCAUCCGCCCAUCCAUCCCCGGGCCCCAGUGUGCCUUCAUUUCCUCCCUUUCUCCCUUUCCUUCGUUUUCCCCCUCUCCUCCCGUUUUCCCCACUUUCCCCCCCUUCCCCCCCAUCUCCCUGCUCCUGCCUUCCCGCAUUCAACAGAGGUUGCAAUACGCGGCAGUGGCGCAGGCAAUGGCGCUGACGUCAGCGCUGAACGCCGUGACCAGAAGCAACGUCAGCACUGGUGGCACACAGAGCAGCAGAAACAACCUAACAAGCAUUCUAGCACACGCCCAGGAGGCCCUGCUGGUCACGUCCUUCCCCUUCAUUCGGCCUGAUCCGUCUCUCCACAUCGCCACAUUCGUUGCCCCAGACAGCUCUCUUACCGGCUACCUGCGCCCCUCGCUAGACGGCUUGCUGUCUCGUCUGCCAUCUCCACCGCACCGCACCAUUCCGAGUUUCAUAGACCGCAAGGGGCGAGAAACUCUGCUGGUAGUAAGUGCCAGCUCAGCAAGUGCCACGUCAGUGGGUGCUAGCCUGGCAGCUGUAUCCCUUGCUGACGUGGCAGCAGCAUGGGCUGGCAUCAGCAUCAACUCUGGCAGCAGGCCAGCCAGUCCUGAAGAAACCCAGAAGCUUCCUUCGCGUCUGCUGCUUGUUUCAGCCACUGGAGGGCUUUUGCUGUCCUCUUCUGGCGCAGCGGGUGGGCCCUUAGCACCCAAUGAUGUCAUAGUGACGUCAGCAAUGUCUGCGUUAGGGUUAGGCAAACCUGCUGAGUCAGCAGUGCCUGUGGUGGAAGCAGCUCCGGUUAACACGUCAGCAGCAGCGUUCAGCAGCUCCACCACAUGCCCUGGAGCUCUCUCCCUCCGCCCCGCCUCCCCUUCAAUCCUUUUCCGCAUGCAUCUGCUCUCCCUCGCCACUCCUCUCUCCACCCCGUUACAUCUAAACUGUCGUGUGCACCUCGCGUCCCUCUCACCCUCCCCUCCCCCACUCGCCUCCCCCGCUCUCCCCUUGCAGAUCAUUGU